AAGGGUUACAGUUUCAAGCCCCGUCUAGACUGUGUCUGGUCCUUUAAUAACUUAUAAUACGAUUCAGUAUGAACAGGAGACCAUUUCACAGAGAUGAGAAAAAUAUUAGCUCAGUAAACAGACCCCUGUCUCCCCCCUUCGUCCAAAAAUUCCAAUCCCUAUGAAAGUUUGUUCUGGAUACUCUAUGUGAAAGGAUAUUCUGCAGGGAGAUCUCAUUCCAAACCGUACCGGACCUGAAAAUGAAGAAAUCAAACAACUUGGUUGUUAUUAUUCUUUUCUUUGGAUAUCUGUUUCCCUCUGCGAAUGCUGUCUUUAUGGAUAAACUGGCCGACAGAAAAAUAUGUGCGGACAAACAUUGCUCCCAUGUCAUUUCAGCAGCCCAAGCUCUGGAAGACUACAUUGCUUCUGAUUGUCGAUUCAUCAACCUGAAGAAAGGCCAGAUGAUCUAUGUUUAUUCUAAACUAAAGCCAGCAGAUGGCGCUGGAGUCUUCUGGUCUGGCAGUGUUUAUGGUGAGCGCUAUGUAGACCAGAUGGGUAUCAUUGGCUACUUCCCCAGUAACCAUGUUAAUGAGACACAGAUUUUCAGGAAGAAAACCACCGAGAUGGCCACGACAGUCAUGGACUUCUUCUGUGUUUAGAAAAGACAGACUGCCUUUGAUGAAAUGCUGGAAUCCUGUAUUUCUUCCGCAUGUACACAUUUUCUAAUGAUAUUUUUUAAUCCCAAAAUUAUAAAAUUUUCUUCAAAAUGUAAACAAAUGUUGAUUAAACCAUAAGUUAUAGCGCAUUACCCAAAGUAUUAUACA